GUACCGUUCCUUAUUAUGACGUUUUGUGUUACUUUGUUUCAAAUGAGGCAAUAUUCUAUAACUGGAUACUAUGUAAAAUAGAAACAAAUUUUAACACCAAAAUUGCCAGGUCUAAAAAUUAUUUUCUAUAACAUCGCGUCGUUUGCACUCACACAUUCUGCCUUGUUUACCAUUUAGCAAGCAUAUUUGCCAGUUGUUUUCAAUGUAUUUUAAAACGCGCCUCCUGCGUAUUGAAUCUUUCUGGAAAAUGCGCGCUAUUCAUUUGUACUCAAAGCCGAAUGUAUACUGUGAUGAUUACAAUAAACAUACAUUUAUUGAACAAUACCAUUGAGUUACAUAAAUAGGCUAUUUAUCACAAUUAACAUUCCAAAAUAUGUACGACCAUAUAGGAUAUUAUAAAUGUUUAGAGGCACCCGAUCCAAUACGCUUGAAGUUGAGAGAGAGUUACUGUCAUUUGAGUGACAGCCAUGUCUGUGUGCUAUAUCCAUGGCAUCAAGUGACAAGGUCUCACAACUAGAAAUAGUUUCUCGCUCAUGUUGUGUGCAGAAUAUUGGUUAAUAGCUAUGAGGGAUUGUGUUUCUAUUCUUGAAUGCACUGGAGUCAACACCUUCCCCUCCUCUAACAAAAAUCCAGAAGCCUUGCACAUCAAAUAAACAAUUGUGCUGGUCAUUUGGUAAUAUAGUACUGUUUCUCACCUGCUUAAAGUAGAUUUAAGUAAAGAGCUUAUUUUGUUGUUAGCAGAGCCCCUUGAGAAUUCUUGGAUCUUGCCAUACUUCCAUGGAACAAUUCUCUCAUUCUGUUGCUACUUCAUUUCAGAGAACAAGCUACAAUAAUGUCUUAUAUAUUUGAUUGGCUGUACAGAGGAUUCAGCAGUGUGUUACAAAUAUUAGGAUUAUAUAAAAAGAGUGGAAAGCUAGUUUUUCUUGGAUUAGACAAUGCUGGAAAAACAACGUUAUUACACAUGCUUAAAGAUGACCGACUUGGGCAGCACGUUCCAACACUUCACCCUACAUCUGAGGAACUGAGUAUUGCUGGGAUGACUUUCACAACAUUUGACCUGGGAGGUCACGCUCAAGCAAGAAGAGUUUGGAAGAAUUAUCUUCCAGCAAUAAAUGGAAUAGUCUACCUUGUUGAUUGUGCUGACCAUGAACGCCUACUAGAAGCCAAAACUGAACUGGAUGCCCUCUUAACUGAUGAAACCAUCUCCAAUGUGCCAAUCCUUAUUUUGGGGAAUAAAAUCGACCGUCCAGAAGCAGUUAGUGAGGAUGCACUUAGAGGAAUGUUUGGUCUUUGUGGACACACCACUGGAAAGGGAAAUGUAUCGCUGAAAGAACUCAAUCUGAGGCCAAUGGAAGUCUUUAUGUGCAGUGUUUUGAAGAGACAAGGAUAUGGUGAAGGUUUUCGAUGGCUUUCUCAGUAUAUUGAUUAAAAUAAUUAAUGUUACUGGACAAGUUAUUAAUCCAAAACCCAUGUGCCCUUAUUUAUUUAUUAUCUACCUUGUAAUAAAACUGUAGUAAUAAGGGGUGUUAUAUAUUUUGUCAUCUGAGCCCUCCGGUGUGGGGAGAGAUAAGGAUCUGAGAUACACAUUCAUUUAACAUGUUAGGAAUUGGUUACAUAUGUUACCUGAAACUUUCUAAGCAUUCAUUUAUGCUGUUUCCUUUUCUAAAAACAGGGUUAGAUGUACAAAAUUCUAGAGCUGGGUUAUUUUAAGAUACUGCAUCCUGUAACAGAACACUUACAAGUACAAAGGUAUGUUUAUUUGAAUUAGGCACUUUUAAUCGGGUAAAUAUCACUUGUGCUGUGAUAGAUUUUGAUGACGUUAAAAUCAUCAGAUGAUACUAAAUUAGUGUUUUGUCUUCACGUUACAUAUUACAUCUGUGCCUUAAUGCUAGUGGCUGGUGGUCUUUUUUACGAUACACAUUUCAGUGGCAUUUUCCUAGUUGUGAAAUUUCCACCUGCUGAAAGGAAAAACAUGAAGUGAUAAGGUGUGGAUUGCCAGGGUAUUCAUGCACAUUGAAAUUGCCAGAGAUUUGCAAUGGAAUAUUUAUUUGUUUCUAAUAUUUAAAAGUACAAAUAUUUGAUAUUUGAAUGCAGUGUUUUGAUACCUUUUAAAACUGUUCUGAUUUAGCACUCUUCAGCUCCAAUGAUGUGUCUAUAUUGGUCUGUUUUCCACACUAGACUACCUAAUUAAUCUAUGCAAUAAGUACUUUUUGACUGUCAGCUGUGAUUUAUUUGCAGUAAUGGCAUGAGAGUACAAAGGCUUUUUUUUUUUAAUUGAUAGAAAAGAUGCCUGUGCAAUACAAUGUGUCAUAUUACUAGGUCUCUUCAACUCCUAUGUGUAAAUAGGCUUAUGAGAAAGGAUUGGGGUUUUCAAUGCUGGUUAUCAUUUCAAAUGGCUAAUUGUGUACAUGCCACUUGUAGCACAACAUUUGUGCAAUGUUUUUUGAAUUAGGCAAUAAAAAUUAUUUUGA